UUAACGAAGACUCUUAACGAACGUCUUUUCAUAUUGUUCCAAAAUCAAGUUCUGCUUCAAAAAUCAUUUAACCAAGUUGCUGAGUGUUUAAUUUUCGGCGCGAUUUUUAUGAACUAGAAAACGAAUUCUUUAUGAAGGCUUUUUCAUAUUGUUCAAAUAUUAUUCCUGUUUCGAAAAUUAAUUCGCUGAGUUGCUGAGUGUUCAGUUUUCAGCGCUAUUUUCCCAAAAUUAUUCCUGCUUCGAAAAUUAUUUCCUUGAGUUGCUGAGUUUUCAGUUUCCAGCGCGAUUUUUUUAUAAACUAUAUGAAGGAGCAAAAAAUAAGUCACUAAAAUCAAUUUCAACUUUUAGGAUGGAAGAUUUGCAUCGUGACGUAAAGAAGCUGAGAAGUAGUUCAGCUGCAAGUUCCACUAGCUCCGUGACUGAAUACGUGAAUGAAGUUUUCACGGAGUCAGAACUUGAACUGAGUAGAGGUGUGAGCAUUCAAGUGACAGAUGACACCCAGUGGAUAAAAAACCCUUUAAGUGAUGUCCGAAAUGACAGCACGCAGAGUAAAGGUAUGGAAAAUGUGGUCGGUUUUUCGCACGACAGCGAAGAAUCGGAUGAUGGCGACAAGAGUUUCUUGACGAGCAUUAAAAACAUUCGAAAGAUGUUUGUAGCAGCUUUAAUCGUUCUUCUGUUUGCAAUUAACAUGGGAAUAACUGCAACUUAUUCGGCCACUGCUACAACUGACAUGGAAAAACCCUCGAGUCCUAUUCAUCCAGAUGGAGACCAAGUAACAUGGAUUGGAAGCUUGAUGGCAAUCGGAGCAUUGAUUGGAGGUACAGCAGGAGGUUAUUUAACUAACAGUCUAGGACGAAAAGGAACUCUCGUACUUAACACAGCCCCUUUCGUUAUUGGCUGGUUAUGUGUUGCUUAUGCAAAAACGAUUGGAAUGAUCUACGCAGGACGUGUGAUCACUGGAUUUUGUUCUGGUAUCGUUUCAGUUGCCACUCCAAUGUAUUUGGUGGAGAUUUCUACACCAGAAGUUCGAGGACUUUUGGGAGCUUCGUUCCAAUUAUUUGUGGUCAUAGGAGUGCUCAUCGUAUCUAUUCUUGGUUCGCAACAGAGCUGGCAAUAUCUGGCCAUUUCCGGCGCUUCGGCAAGUUUGAUUGCGGCAUUUUUGAUGAUACCAAUGCCAGAAUCUCCAAAAUGGUUGAUGGGUCAAAAAAGACGAGGUGAGGCUAAAAAUGCUAUAAUAUUUCUACAAGGAAAAUCUCACGAUGCUGAAGACGAAUGCGUGAAAAUGGAAGACGAAAUACAAUCUCAACCUAAAGGAAAUGUUCAACUAAGCGAAUUUAAAUCUCCAACGCUUUACAAGCCAUUUAUAUUAUCAAUUGCACUCAUGUUUUUCCAGCAAUUCAGUGGCGUCAAUGCAAUUUUAUUUUACACAGCAAACAUAUUUAAAUCAGCUGGUAGUAGUGUAAACCCUAUAACAGCAACAAUUUAUGUCAACAUAAUUCAAGUUAUUGCAACUUUAAUCAGCAGUAUCCUUAUGGAUAAAGCUGGAAGAAAAGCAUUGCUUCUGUUUUCUGGUAUUUGUAUGGCUGUUAGUUUCAUUGUUUUAGGAGGCUUUGAUCUUGCUCGAACAAAUAAUCCAGCAGUUGCAGAUAAAUACGGAUGGUUGCCUUUAGUUUGUCUUAUGUCCUUCAUUGCUGCCUUCUCGCUGGGUUUUGGGCCUACACCAUGGCUAAUGGUGGCAGAAAUGACACCAAUACGUUUCAGAGGUAUUGUCAGUGGCAUCGCAACGGCACUUAAUUGGACAUUUGCAUUCAUUGUUACUAAAACUUUCAAAAUGGAAGAAGCGUCCAUGCAUGGUUACGGAGUAUAUUGGAUGUAUGCAUCGCUUCACCUAGCUAGUCUUGUUGUAACUUUCUUGUACCUUCCAGAGACCAAAGGAAAAAGCAUAGAAGAAAUACAAGAAUUUUUCGAAGGCAAGAAAUCUCGAAGCUUUUCAGGACAAAAAGAAAGCCUUUAAAAACGCUUGGUAUCAUGUUUCUUUAUCGAGAAGUAAAUUUGUGCUUUAAAAAGGUCCAAAUCCAUAAGCAUUUGAAUGCAUUAUCAGUGGUUUAAUAUAGAUUUUAUUUUGACCGUGUUAGCAAUUAGUCGUGCUGUUAAAAUGUUGUAUUAAUUCGCCAGAAUAAGGUGAAAUAAAUUAUAUUGGUAAAAUCACAUCGUUGAACUACUGGUGAAUUCAGUAAAUCAAGCAUCUUUGUAUUUCUCUUGUAGUAUUUUUUUACUCAUCAAUGUUUUUUAAUAACUAAAAUAUGCCAUGUUCAUGCAUACCUUAAAAAACAUUACGCAUACUUUACUUAUUAAUAAUAUUUUCGUAUUUUCUGUAUUUCUACAUAGAUAUUUUAUUUUAUUUGUUAUAAACUUCAAUGCACAUAUGCAUGUAAAAACAAAUAUUAGUUCGUUCUGUUAUAUUAAACAAAUAUUAGUUGUUUCUAUUGUAUUAGUUAUAAUGAUUGUUUUUAUAGCUUUUUAAUAUAACUUUUAUAUUUAUUCACCUAUAAAAAUUCAACAUUUUAUAAGUUGAUAAGAAUGGUCUAAAAAUUUUAAUUGUUCAUU